AUGGCGAAGAAAACUACCCAAGCCACCAAGUUCAAGCGGAUUAAAAUACCCAUCGAAGUUAAAAAGGAGAUUAUCGAAAAGCGAGAGAGAGGCGUAAGCGUGGUCGAGCUAGCGCGCGAGUACAAUCGCAACACGUCAACGAUUUGCUGCAUUCUUAAGAACAGAGAGCAGCUGAAGGCCAGCACCGUGUCGAAGGGAGUAUCGCGACACUCGCGCUCGAAACUGAUCGACGACGUCGAACGAUUGCUGCUGAUUUGGAUCGAUGGACAGCAGCGACAAGGCGGGGAGUUAACGCAGAACACCAUCUGUGAGAAGGCGAAGCGUAUCUACGGCGAUAUCGUGGAGGGCGGAGCAGCACAGGCUUCCACAGCGACCGACACAGCAAACGAAACGUUCAAGGCGAGCAACGGGUGGUUCGAGCGUUUCAAGGAGCGUACCGGAAUGCACAGCAUUUUCCGGCAGGGUAAAGCUUCUCGGGCGGCGAACGAUUUCGUCGCUGCGUUUAACAAGCUGGUGCGCACGGAAGGGUUCCUGCCGCAGCAGAUUUUCCAUUGCGUCGAAACGGGGCUGUUUUGCCACCAAGGUGCCAGCGGUACGGUGCAGCAAGCGACUGAACAAAAGUGCUCACCUUCCGCGCCGGUGCAAGGCCGGCUGACGCUGUUACUGUGUGCCAAUGCAAGUGGUGAUUUGAAGAUCAAACCUUUGCUCGUUUCCCACACCAGCAGCAGUGGACCGCCGCGUGCAUUCCAAUCCAAUUCCGGCCAGCCGAAUCAACUGGACGUAUUGUGGAGAGCGGACAAGCAAGCGUUGGUUUCGGGCGAUAUGUUUGCCGAAUGGAUUAGCGGUGCCUUCAUGCCCAGCGUGACCAGCUAUUUGCAGGAAAGCAAACUUCCCCUCCGGGCGCUACUCGUCGUGGACAGUGCAUACGGUCGGUGCGUCGAAACGCUGGCAUCCGACAUCCUUCCUCGAGCCGAGCCGCUCCUUAAGGUACAGGUGCUUCCUCCCAACACGGCACCAGUGCUACACCCAAUGGACCAGCGCGUGAUCCGUCUGUUUAAAAAGCACUACCUAAAGCAGCUACUGGUGCAUUGCCUUGACGUUACGCAUGGCACGCAUCUAUCGAUGGACGAAUUCUGGGCCCUGCACUUCCAUAUCGGGACGUGCGCUAAACUGAUCGGGAAGGCUUGGGCAGCCGUUGCGGCGGGAACGUUAAGUACUGGAUGGAAGCGGCUCCUACCCGGUACGCAAUGUUCGACGAUCAUCCCCCAUACCGGCUCCACCAGGGAACCAACGAUGGAUCAGCUGUGUACGCUUGCCAGCUGUCUGGGGCUGGAAAUUGGAAACAUCGAUAUCGAUGGGCUGCUUGCGGAACACGGUGACGCGGAUCCCUCAACCGAGCAGCUGCUGAAAAUGCAGAAAGCUGAAGCGAGUAUCGUGAACAACCUACAUCGCUGGACGGUCGCGUUUUGCUGUUCCUGCAGCAGCUGCAGCAACUACCUGAAGCAGGAAUAG